GCUCGAUUGGGCUCCGACUGUCCCUCGUUCAAUAGUGGUAGCGUGCGACACCUACUCAAGACCAAGGUUUUCCAUGCUGCCUUACAACAUCUCAGUGUAACCCAGAGGAAAAUCUAUCGGAAAACAACAAGUACACUUCGGAACAGUUUUUCAUCAAUUCCAGUCAAGCCUUUAUCUAUGAUACUCAAGCCCACCGUAGUCUCAUGCCUACAAAUAGUAAGCAAAGCAUGUUUAACCUGCAAAGCUUUCGUUCUCCGGAACGAAAUUCUGGUCCAAAUACGUAACAACUUUUCUGUUGGUGAUUGCACUAAAAGAAGAACCGCAAUGACGAACCAAUGAAACAAACACACGAAGCUCCCCAUUGACUGUCUUCUGGAAGGAUUGUCGGCAAACAGGGAUCCCAACCUCCAUCCCUCAGACACCAUGCGACUGAACUUUGGUUCAAAGGAUAAUUGAAGUAAUAUAGUUGAAGCAUUGGCGAAGAAUCUUCCGGCGAAAAAGGCGAAUGCUAGAAAUUAUACCAGAAUAUCCGAAUGAGCCUAGGGAUCGUUACGGGAACAAAACUUGAACUGGGCUAUCGUAAUGAGACACAAAUAAGAGAACCAACCAACUAGAAGAGGUGUAUGCUUCUCCACCAGAAGGAUCACAUGUCCAUGCAUUUCUUUUCCAAUGAGAGACAUUUUUGUGAAUGUAAAUUAUUCACAAGCCAAUGCACAUUGCUCACGGCUGCCACUGUAUCCGAAAAGGCCUUUUGGAGCUGGAACCGUCCUUCUACUAACGCCAAGGGAUGCUUUUAACCUUUUCCAUAGCAACCGUAACACUUAGCAAUCCGAUGCACCUGGAAGAUAAUCCGUACGCUCGUUGCUAGCUUGUUUCACAUUUUCCUUCCAUUUCCACGGCACAACCAUCGGAUCGCCGGAAGGGUUUUCCAUUGGUUUUUGCUCCGUUUCUUUCGAUCUUUACUGCGGGUUGCUGCGAGCCUUCGAUGCUAUGAAGAUUGGCUACAUGAUGAUAACAUUGAUGUGUUCAUGUCUUAGUCGCUUUCGUGGUUACUGACGUGAGCUUGGGAAAGUUAUUAUAUUUUUACACUGUUUUGGUUCUUAAAUAGGAACGUUUUGAGUGUGUUCUAUGCGUAUUUCGCGAGCUAAAAGUCACUAAAGUUAUGAUAGAAAGUAAUACAAUACUUCGAUUGGUGCUAAAUGUAAAACGAUUGCGCUGAAGUGUUACACCAACGCAAAGUUGGUCUACAGUGCCAUUCAAAUCACAUUAAGUCGCGUUUCUCCAACAACCACACCGUACCAGCUCGGAGUCAUCACAAAAUGACCGAUAUUAAUCGCACCAAACAAAGCUAUCUGCACAAACACAACGGAAAGAUCGAUCCGCAAUCAGCGCAAACCCCAUCGGUGCUGCACUCGACGGGAUCAAACGCAAACGAACAUGGCCAUGCGGUCAGCAAAGGAGCAGCUGCCACCGGUUCCAGCACGGGCGGUUCGUUGAAACGCAACAAUAGUCAUCAUCAGCGAUUGAAAAAAUCCAACACAAGCACUCUGGACCGAAGCUCUAAUGGCCCUGUGGAGUUCGGAGCGGAUGCAAGGCCGGUCGGCAGUAGCUUCGGCCAUCAUCAACAGCAACAACAGACCGGAACGACCUGUACGAGAUCCGGCGCCGGUUCCGGUCUUGCCAAGAGCUGGUCGAAAACCUCCAGCAGUAGCACCUCCCAGUCGACUUCCCAUGGCCCCGCGGAACAAACGCAGCACACUCUUGAAACAGGCAGCGGCGGUGGCCGACCUCCGGGGACAAAUUUAGCACCCACCAUCAAAACGGAAGCCUCGCUCAGUGACGAUUUUAAACGCUUCCACGCGCUCCGCAACAGCUACGGCGGCAAAUCCAAUUUAAAUGUAAAUAACACCGAUCACAUGAUAAAAUCGCAGGUCCUGCUUCACCAGCAGAAGCUGCGCGAGUACUCUCGACAACAUCCUACACAGCAACAGCAGCACCGUGACAACGAUAGCUACUCAACCUGCUCAUCGUCCCAGUCCGACUACCAGCACCCUCAGCAACCGCAGCAGACGCAGCAACAUCAGCAAAACCAUCGCCACAAGCAUCACACUCACUAUCGCGUACAUCAGCAUCAACACCAUCAGCAGCAGCAGGCUCAACCCCACAAUGUCCAGCCGACUCAGUCCAUCUAUCCCAUCUCGGCCACGGUAGCCGCAACGGCUACGUUGACGCGCACCGGUGGUUUCGGUGGUGGUGGAUGUUCGAUAUUGAAAAAUGCCACCAGCAGCAGCCAUCAGGAUCCGGUCGGGAGUCGGAACAGCCUCAAACGAGGGCCGGGCGGAUUAAGCACCCUGUCACUGUGCAGCUGCGACGCAGAAACCGAGAUAAUACCGAAUCCAUUAAGGCCAUUAUAUCAGUACAGCCUGGACAGGAAAAAUCCUCGCCAGCACACCUACACGUGUGAGCAGAACGCACAGAUUUUGCUGCGGCUGGAAAAGGACCGUCAGAAGAAGUUCGGCUCCAUGGGCAAGUUGCACCUGGCCACAUCAACCGGUGACUUGAGCCUAGCGACCGCAGCGACGAUGCAACGACACUCCAGCAUAACCGGUGCAUCCGUGCCGACGUCAUCCGUUUCAACUCCAGCUCCAACGCCACCUUUACCUCAGCUAGCCCCAACUGCAGCCGGAAAAGUCACCGGAAACGCGUGCAAGGUAGCGGCCAACGUACUCUCGUUUGACUGCCAGCAUGGAUCGUAUCCAAGGAAUGAUAAUUAUGCCGAGGACGAUUCGUUCAGCGAAGACAUGAUACCUCCUCCGCCGCCUCCACUCAACAGGCGCCCCUCCUACGGAUACGGCUGUGUGGUGCAACCUGUUGCAUCCGGACCGGAACCGACACACGCGGACAAGCCGACGAUGUACGAGCCAUCGUCCCAGCCCUCAAUCCCCAAUCCCGCAAACGUCGGAAGCUACGGACGUGAAGUCGACGGCCUGAUCGGAACCAUGAAUCAGCCGGAUCUGUUCAACUUUGCCUCCACCAACACAAACGGAUCGCUAAAGUCAACACUCAAAUCCGCCAAAUCGUCGGCAAACGGUAAAACGACUUCCGGCUCAUUGGGCAUGACCGCCGACGGCAAGUCGAAACUGAACGACCCGCUUCCGGUCAUGAUGGUGGACCUGAUGAAUGGCAACACGGCCGCACCGCUUCCGACUGGGAAUGAUCCGCCCGGCACAACAAAGCCAUAUCCGCCUUACUACUUCGAUGAUAAUUAUCUCCAUCACCACUACUACUGCCGGAAUGGAGAGGAUCGGUUCGGAGAGACCGGAUCGGAUGUGCCGCUAAAAGAAGCGAUGGAUGCGGGGCAGCUAUAUCUCUACCAUCAACACCACCACCACCAUCCGGACUCGUUCACUGCCGGUUUCAUUCCUAACUACGAUGCACUUAAUCUUCCCGCCAAGUACAACACGAUCGGAGCGAACGGAGAUUUACAACUGUCGGGGCACUUCUCUGGGUUGGGCGGUGGAGUAGUCGGUCACCAUGCCAGCUCCUGCAACAUCAAUCAGUACUCCGGGUCAGCAAAAACCAACCUCAUCGCGUCGCAUAACCAUCCCUUCUCCAACUCGAUCAGCAACUUCAACUUCAAUCCCUCGCAGUACUUCGGUUCGGGCCUGGAACCUGCUCCCGGCACUACCAUCAUUCCUGGUGGAGUAAUGGGAGGUGUGAUGGGAGGUGGUGAUGGCCUUAACGGGACACCCAAUAAGCAGCAACCACACCCGUGGAAACAUCGCCAAUGUCCGAGUCGUGGUUCGAGUAGUACCGGUUCCGGAUCAUCAAAAUGGGAUCUUCCUUCGAGACAGUGGCUUGCGGUGACCUCCAUACUGUUGAUUGCCGGAGCAGCCGGAGUGGCCGUCCCGCUCGCCCUCAAGGUUUCGUCCGGUGCGCCCCUCGAGGAACGGCUGCAGGUGGCUACGCAGCUGCUCGACACAGUGCCUUUAAUCGAUGGUCACAACGAUCUGCCGUGGAACAUACGGAAAUUCCUGCACAAUCAGCUGAACGAUUUUCGGCAUGCGAAAAAUGAAACACGGACCGUCAUGAUCCACCUGUCAGAAAUCCGCGAUGAAAAAUCGUGUCCAUCCACGGUUCUACGGUGCUUUGCCAGGUCACCAGGUAAGUAAGAGGAUCUUGGCAGCAUGUACUCGAUUUUUUCCCGGUAGCUCAGAGCACAACUAUCGCCAUCAUCAGCACGGAAUCGUUUUGAAUCAUGCUCGUCCGUGGGAUAGAUUGAUGAAGCUUCACGUCGAUAGUAGACAUCACCCGUGAGUGACAUCGCUCGUAUGGAGCUACAACGUGACCCAUCGUUACACGUUGCCAUCAUCCAGCAAACGGGUGCUAUUUCAAUUGACACGGAGCUGAACAGUUUCCUGCCUUUUAGGGAGAAAACAACGGGCAGUGGGACAUAUGAAGCGAACCCACAUAAAAGGAACGCUCACUUUUCAAUGCAGGUUCUCUGAAUGGUUUUGAUCUGCUGCUGCUGCUGCUCCUGCUACUAGAGCCUGCAUAGGAUUCGGUUCCCAAUCGGAUCACGAUUUGGAGCAUAAAGGUUUAGCCAUAUCCGUGUUAAUCCCGCUCUGUCGACAGUUGCGACAAUUGGUCCUAUUGGUCGACGACAAUCGGAUAUUUCGAUACCGAAAUGAGGCAAGGUGAAAUCGGAUUUUAACUAAAACCGGAUCGUAUUGAAAUGGGCUGAAUGAUCAGUUCCGGUAAACUAUUCCCGGAAUUGUUUAAAUGGAUGUUCAAAUAAGUUUUAGAUAGUUUUAAAUGACGUGCAGUGGCUGAAAAUGAAAGUAAAACUACAUAGUGUAAGUCGCUUAGAAGCUUUUUGAGCUCAUCUAGAACUAAGCUUUCUCAACACCCGCAGUUCCGCAAUCUACUUAAAUUCAGGUAAGUUUAACUAUAAAAUUUAAGCAAUGUAGUAAUAAACUAUGCCAAACA